GUGUGAUGUGCAUUUUUGAAGGAUUCUGCCGAUCGAAGUAGAAAGAUCUUCUUCGCCUGCAAGCACAAAAACUUCACCGGUUCUUAUAUCCUCGAACUUCGGGCACGUGGAAGACAACGCGUGAAACACCAAACAGUCGCACUGGUCAUCAAACAAACAAAAACCACAAUACACUUAACUCAAACCUGGAACAUCCCGUGUGUGGCAAGAUGCUGUACUGCUGCUUCCCGUUCGACUGAUCGAGCACGAGCCUCAACUGGCUCUCUUUCUCGCAUCGGUCUAUCUCCCUUCGCAUCAAAUUUCUCCAGAGAUGGUGCGCGUUUCAUUUGUCCACUCGUGCACCACACGUCUCGGCAUUACAUUCUGAUCAAACUGCAAAGAGUUGCCCCGCCUGGAUCGUUUAUUCCAUCUGUCACCGGGGAUAUCGUCCCGCACCGCCAAACCAACCUCAUCUUAUCGGUUGUGGCGCGUGCUCAGCUUGCUAAUGUGACACCGAUGAAGAUCGAAGUACGGUGCGCGGUAGCUGGAAUUUCUGCCACUUUCCUCACCCUGAUUGACCCUUUUCUCCAGGGUGGUGCCGCGUUACCGCAAGGUGAACAUUACUGAGUGAUAUUUUUUCAUCUUCUUUACGCAUCGGUGGCACGGUGGCUUACGGCUGAACUGUGGUUCGAUCGAGGUGGAGAUGUGACUGCCGAUUGGCAUUGAAGCAGCUGCAGCACCCUAGGAUGGAUCUCAACGGAUCGGCGAAUGAUAAACGUGAAGAUCCAUCGUCCAAUGUCAUCACUGUCAGUGGGUUUAGUGUGCAGUGUGUGACGACGGAACAACAACGGGCCAUUAAUUUCCAGCGUGACACGGCACACAAGCCGUGUAACGAGCGCAAAAGGAAUACUUCCACCAACGGACCGAAAACGGAAAACGCACCACGAAUAUGUAUCCUGCACAAGCGUCCUCCACCCGAACCGGCCGCAUCCUUCUCGGCGCGAUGGUGAUCCUCGCGAUCUCGAUGCGACAAGCCACAGCCAGUGCUUCUUUGUCUGGAUAUCGGCAACCGUGCACAAACGAGGGCGAGGAGGUUCGAAUCAGCAUGGGCUGCUUCAAGUGUAUCUGCAAGAACGGUUUCGUGGAGUGUGAUCCAGAAAGCUGCCCAGCAGUGGAUGACUGUUACUUCUACAAAAAGAAAGGCCCGGACGAAUGUUGCGACAAGUGUAUCGGAUGUUUAUACGAGGGCCGACACAUCGACAGUGGUACCGAGUGGACCGAUCCGGAAGAUCCCUGCAUGCACUACAAAUGCGUUUCCGGUGUGGUAACGCGCUCGGAGAUGAAAUGUUACGCACCGUGCUCGGAUCCGAGUCCACCGCGCAAAGGCCAGUGCUGUCCGACCUGUCUAGGUUGUCGACUGAACGGGCAGAAAGUGUUCGACGAGGCAACGCUGAGUGAAGAUCCGUGCGUGAAGUGUACGUGCUCCGGCCACAAGCUAACCUGCACGAAGCGUUCCUGUCCGGUGUUGCAGUGUCCACUGUCAAAGCAGAUCCGAACGCCGGGCGAAUGUUGUCCCCGGUGUAUCGAACGGCGGGAGGAAAUUCAUCUCGGGUCGCCGAUGUGCAUCAUCGGUAAGGCGGUACACUUCCCGGGCAAACCGUACCACGGAGAUCAGUGUUCGAACUGCACCUGUCAGAAUGGGACGUCCGUGUGUGAGAAGAGCACCUGUCCGAUACUGGAGUGUGCGCUGGAGGAUCAACAGCGGGAACCGGGCGAAUGCUGUCCAUCGUGCCCGAUGCCGGCCGAGUUCCGGAGCACGUGUGUUGCCGCUGGGAAGGUUUAUCAGAACAACGAAACCUGGAGCCUAAACCCGUGUACCUCCUGCGAAUGUCGCGCCGGCGAGGUGCGCUGUGCAAACAUCCAGUGUCCGAAGAAGAAAUGUGGCCCCAACGAAACACUCCUCCCGGUGUCGGGUGAAUGCUGUCCCCAGUGUGUCGAAAGUCCUGCCGUCUGUACCGUGUUCGGUGAUCCACACUACAAAACGUUCGACGGGAACUUCUACAGCUUCCAGGGCUCGUGUAAGUACGAGCUGACAAGGGACUGUGUCGGACACACGUUCUCGAUCCGUGUCACGAACGAUGCCCGGCUCACCAAGUACUCGUCCUGGACGAAAACGGUCACACUGAAGCUGGAAGGUGUAAAGGUAAAUCUGGGCCAUCGGAUGCGAGUAAAGGUGAACGGGACCCGCGUCGAGCUUCCCUAUCGAUUAAACCAAACACUGCACAUCAAUCGAAGCGGAGACGGUACGGAGGUGAUCGUGGAAACGGAUCUCGGCGUGCAGCUGUCCUGGGAUGGGCACAACUUCAUCCAGGUGCAGGUACCGACCGCGUACAAGGGCAAGCUGUGUGGGCUGUGCGGUAACUACAACAGCAUCUUUCGGGACGAUCUGUUUACGCGGGCCGGCCGCAACAUGACGCACAAUGUGUGGCGCUUUGCACGAUCGUGGGCCGUCGGUGGUCCAAAGGCUUGCACCCGGAAGCUCAAGAAAGAGCAGGCCGCUCGGCAUCCGCAGUGUAAGACGAAAAAGUUUGUCCCGCUGUGCAAGGCACUCCGGACGCCGGAAGUGUUUGGCCGAUGCAAUUCGCUGCUCAAUCCGGACAACUACUUCGACUCGUGCAAGUUUGACAUGUGCGAGUGUCCUCACCGGCAGUGCUACUGUGACAGUAUGGCGGCGUAUGCGCACGAGUGUGUCCGGCAAGGGGUUCAGCUGCCGGACUGGCGCACCCUGACCGGCUGUAGCCGAAAUGCGUCCGGAAUGACCGUUGGGCUCGGAAGGAGUCCACCGGCCAUACACGAACCGAACGCCAUUGUGGCAGGUACGACGGGCCAGCGCAACAACAUUCGCCGACAUCCAAAGCGGGUACGACGACCGAAGCUACUGCUCGACGAGCCGGAGCUUGGUGAGCUUGUACCGCUGACACUCGAUCGGAAGCAUCACAAGCUACUACAUCAUCCACUCUACAGAAAGCAGCAGCAGCAGCAGAUGCAACUGCAACAGCAAAAGCAGCACCAGGAGCAGAACAACAUCCUUGCAAGACCGGUCAGUGGUAGCCGUCGGACACCACCGCCACUGCAGCGUUAACUUCCUCGUAACAUCCCUUUUUGUUGUCACCUCGCCUGGAAGCGAAGUGUGCCCCACUCAUCAACUCGCCAUGUAUCGCCACAGCUCCCCUUUUCUUCUCGCAACCCUCCUCCAGUUCACCUCCAGCUCUAUCUCUCUCUCUCUCUUUCUCUCUCUCUAUCUAUCGUUAGAAGCAAACCUCUCGCUUGUGUUGUAUUGCGUUAAGAAUAGUUUAAGGGCUAGCUGUAGGGUUUUUAAGCCGGUCGGGGAGCAAUCCGCGGCAAGGGAAGCGCCAUUACGUUGUACAUAUUAGUUACCCGCAGGACGAAUCGAGAGGUAUGUGCAUGUGUGUGUGGGGUCUCUUCUUCUUUCGCGCUUCCCUGCUUCACGCAUGCAACCAACAAACCAACCACCAGUAAGGAAACGAUGAAUCUGCAAACUAUGAAUAAUCUCACGGAUUGCAAGGAGAGACCUUCAUCCGAUGAAUGAAUGGGUGAGUGAACGGAUGAACCUUCGAAUGCGAAUGUAGAACGGGUGACUGUGGAAUGAACGCGCUAAAGCUUACUUAAAGUUUCGCCAUUAAGGGUGUGUUUGCUUGAGUGUGUGUGUGUGAGCGGGAAGAAAAAGAAGAGAAAGAAGAGCCCCUAUUUUUAUUUUCCUCAACUUUUUUUUUUAAAUCAGUAACAACAGAGCGGGAAAUGAGUUUUAUAGUAAAGGUAGCAGCGCACGAGCAAGAAGAAGCCAGAAUCAAAAACCAUGAUCGGUUUUGCUUCAUCUUCACCCCAUUCAACUCUGCUGCUUGGCGGGUUUUAUUUUGUGCGUUUUUGUAUCAUUUCAUUUCAUUUUUUCUGUUUGUCGUUUGAGAAUAGGCAAGUGGUUUUACUUAGUAGGUUUGAAUCGCGCGAAUAGUUUAGUAAUUUUAUUAUCGUAGUAUGUAACACGUUUUAUCCAUCAGUUGGUGAAAAAGCGGCCCGGUGGGUCUUGCAGCGACCUUGCUAGCCCUAUUACGAAUCAUGGAGUACUUCUAUUUGUGACAUUCAUCAGUAUUUAUUUUCCUGUUUUAAUCGUGUAACGGGGACGGGACGUUCAUCCUACCUUCAGCAGUUCAUCCCGCGCGUUUGAGAUGAACACCGGAUUGAUUGUUUGAUUUGUAUGAUUAUUUGCUAAUGUUUAUGAUCGCCGGUAAGGUUUGUUUAUCGCUUACCUGGUAGUGGUUUGUGAGCAUUGUUUAGUCUCCCGUAACCGCGCCGGAAGUUUACACUGUCUUGAAAAGCGGGGUUUCUCCUUCGAAAAUUUCUCAACAUUCCAUAUACUGCAAAUCCCAUUUGCACAAAGGUUUUUGUUCUUAUUUUGUUUACUUCUCUGAUUUGGAUUUUUUUUUCGUAAUUAAUAUUAAACAAUUUCACUUAAUUUUUUUUGCUACAUCUCAAGUGCUUUUGGAGUGAUUGCUGAUGGAAGGAAGAACGUUGCAUGGUAGUCAGUUAAGAUACAGCGUUAAGCUUAAAUAAAAAGCCAACACAAGAAACAAAACAACUCUCCAGUGAAAUAAUGAUACUAAACUGUCUUGCUUUAGGUAGCGGUUAAGGAAUGCGGUGAAAAGUGGGAAAGAAAACAAACAGUGAAGAGAUAAGCAAACGAUAGCGGAAAGCAAAAGUGAAACAGGCACGAUGAAGGAUGAAAAUGUGUGUCCGACUUAAGAUGGGAAAGGAAUUAGCGAAAAAAGAAAGGAAGAAACAAAAACAAACAACAAGGUGAAUAAAUAAAUAGGAGCGCAAAAUGUGAUCUCGUGAGUGAAUAUUAGUUAAAUGAAAUUGAACAAAACUGCUAAAGGAGGGAGAAAACAAUCGAAUCGAAGGAAGCAGAACAAGUGAGGUGUAGAAUUGAAAAUGGGGGGGAGAAAAACGUUACUCAAAGCCCAGAUGUGAACUAAGCAAACGAAUGUUGUGUGGAAAUGCUGUGGAAAAGCAAGGAUAUGUUAUAUGAGCAUGAAGGAUAAAAGGGAACGGAAAACUGAACGCACUUUUUACACUCAGACGAACCUGGACGGUUUGUUUUAAUGUAUAUCCUCUAAUGGUUCCUACACACAUACCAACAUGAACACACACACACAUUCACACAUACAAGCGCACCUAACAUACGCACACACAGAACAGUAUAGCGUUAGGGCUGGUGGAAAACCGUACUCCAUAGCGAUCGGUUUUUUAGUUCGUUUUUUAAGCAGAAAUGAUGGUACCGUUUCUAAAGUAAAUCUAAUUUAUUGUGCAAACUCGAAGUUCUGGAAUGUUAAAUUAAUGUUGAGAAACGUUGAGCGUGCGUAUGUGUGUGUGAGAGAGAGCGAGUAUGUAACACUGCAAUCAUUGCACCAAAACCGUUGAUCCGGUACAUUUAUUUGAUCGUUUUUUUGUAUUAGUUUGUUUUGUUUUCUUUGCUGAAAACCCGGUAAUGAUGUUAGCUGGAGGUUUCACUUCAGGCGUGGGGGUGGUCAAGUGAACGAGCCCCUUCGCCACCGUGAAGAAUGUGUGCGUGUGUGAGUAUGUUGUGAAUGAAAAUGACCAACAGUAAUAAAAUACAUUGUAUGUGAAAAAAAAAAA